CACAGUUUGGGUACAGCAACACGGCGUGACAGAGACAGGCGGGAGGGCCGUGGUACAAAGCGCUCCAGGAGAUAGUAGGAAGGUCAGGACGCAAAAAAAAAACCCAAACUCCAGCAUGCGUGAAGAUGGGGUUUCUGCCAGGCUCAUGUUAGGGCCAGGCUCAGGCGAGUUACGAGCAAUGUUUUGCCCAGAUAAUUCGCUCUCUCCUCCUGCCGGAAAGGAAGUGCAAUACAGAAUGUGUACCUGAGUGCCGGCCCCUUGGUGUCUAAUUACUGCAGUAUUCUCCAGAUGGAGGAGGGAGGAUUUGGGUCUGUCGUGAUUUCUCUUAAUUAGCAGGAGGAGGAUAUGAUCAACAAAGCUACUGUUUUGCGAGUCUGCCACGGUUGCACCCUUAAAAAAAAAGCCCUGAGAUGAAACGUGGACACGUCUGCCCUUUAUAAAACAAGCUGAAUCACAUAAAUGCAAUUUGCUGCACCAAAGCAAUAGUAUUUAUAGUUUCAUAAUUGUGCUGUUGGAUGCUUAAACAGAACUGGCGAGCUGUGUCCGAGAAAUGGAUAGAUGAUGAGGGUGUAGUUUAAGCCAUUUUGUUGUUACUUUUGUGUAAGUAAAUGCAGUUUCACACCUUUAAAGUCCAAGGUGUGUUGAACGGACACAUGGCUAUCUGGGAAUUACUGCAACAAAAAGAACUCUUGUUUCUUUGUUUUUCCUGGGGGUUGUUUCGCUUAGCAUAGAUCAUGCAACGUGUUCCUUCAGGCUCUGUAAAUUAACCGUGUUCCUGUGACCUACAGAAACCACCCCCAGGCUGAGUAUACCAUGCUUUAGCAGCUGCUUAGAAGACCUCUAAAAAAGACUACCUCCCCUCCCCUCAGACACUCCCCUUUUCUUAUGGUAGUAACGGUGAAACAGAACAUCCUGCCUGACUAGAUAACUAUCCUGGGUGGCAAUGGUUAAAUAGUAGCACCAUGGCGCCCCCUGGUGAUCAGUCCUAAUGCUUUGCAGCUACAGUGCUGCAUGCGCUCUGCUGGGUGUCAUUGCUAUCUCUGCACUCACUGAUACAGUGACCUUUUCUGUACGGAGAGCUAAGCAUCACACAGCCCACUGCCCAGUCACGACAGCUGCCUAUGUAUCUUAUACUCUUCCUACCAAAGCUAUCUCAAGUAGGUUCGGACUGUAAGACAGAGCUAUUUCCUUUGCUGAAUGUGUGUUUUAGGGUAUGAGAAGACUAUCUGCACUCUUAAGUCAUUCAGGACACAUGGUCUUUCAUCAUCACCAUCCCAUAAUGUCCUUCAGUCCUCCCAGUCAGCACUCCCUCUGUGUUGUUUAUCGUCAGUUCCAUCCUGAAGCAGGUCAGGAAUGUGCUUUAGUACAGGCAGGAAAGACAAAGACCUUCAUAUAGCCCAGACUGAAAUUACAGCAGACAGGGAAGAUAUCAACAGAUGGCAGGCCAUUUAUAGAGCACUGUUGAUGGGUCUUCUGUAGAGAGCGGAUAGAGAGCGUCUCGCACAGCAAGGAAUUUCUGGAGGGGUGCUGAAGAACAUGAAUGAGUCCGCAAACACUUCGUCAACCUACAAACGUGCAUUGCUCUCGAGCCCUUCAUUUCCAGGGAAAGGUUCACUCACUCUGAACACUGCUAAUGACGCCAAUAGAAAGCAGUGCUAGUGAAAAAGUUCUGGCGUCUCAAAACUGCCUUCAGGGGAUAUUCCAGCAGCACCCAGGACAGCUCCAGAUGUAAGGAUGUGAGGAGGUUAGAUGCUUUCUCUGGCCCAAAGCUGUCUGCCAGAGGGAGGACAGUCUUUCCACGAGUUCUUCACAGCUGAGAGUGUUAGUCCUGUUUCCCGAUCCUGGCCAGUGGGGGAUCUUCCUUCUUCAGCAUGUUCUGUGGUUCCUGAAAGUCCACAGACCUGUGCAUCCUCCAAUGCCUCAGUUGCUCCUGUUGCUUCAUAUAAAGAAGUCGUUACUAGUUCAUUUCCUUGAAGGCAUUCAUCAUCCAUGCCCUGUGAUGAACUGGCGUCCCAUCCAGGGUGUACCCUGCCUUGCGGACAUUGCUUGCUGGGAUAGGCUCUGGCUCCUCGCGACCCUGACUUAAAAGAAGUGGAAAGUAGAAAGUGGAUGCAUUAAUCAUCCAGAAGAUUUUCUCUGCCCUUUGUACAUGCGUGUACCAAACAGGGUAGGCCGUCUUCAACUGGAAUUCUUGGAAGUGCAGAAGCAGUGUUAUUGAGGUUGUCGGAUGUUAAUUACAACCUAAAUGGAAAGGGUUGUCUGCUGGUGUUAAUGCUUUGGAAGGAUUUCUCGGCUAUGAGUGACCUCAGACAGAGAGCUAGCUAGUCAAAUCCAUGGGGUUUCAUUUUGAAGAGCACCGAGUGCAGCAGGCAGAACCCUGUCCCAUGAUGCCACUCAAGCUCCGGACAGAGCCACCUUCACUGCAGGGGGGAAGGCUUGGAGCUGCCAGUCAGCUCAGGCUCCUGUGCUAAGCUGGUCUUCACGCUGUGAGUCCUUCAGGUCCAAUGCAGACGUUUUGCAUUCUGUUUCGUGCUGAGAGGGUGGUUAUCUCUUGAGCAGGAUUCCAGUUCCUCUCUAGACACAGCCUCCUUGCAUGGAAACAAUAGUUUGGCACCAGCUCUGGCGUUUCCAUGUGGCAGGCAGGACGGUCUGUCACCUCCCCGUUUGAAGACCAGACCCCUUCUCGCUUGUCUGGUGCGCCGUGGCUCGGCGCGAUAAUGCCGCUCGCCCGUACUGGCGUGCGUGUGAGUACAUCUCUUCUGGAAACGCUCUUGACAAGGAGCCCAUCACUUAUCCCACACAUGCUGGUCAUCCUCCUGAACUGCGUGACCCUGGGGAUGUACCAGCCCUGUGAGGACCUCAAGUGUCAGUCUGACUGGUGUACCAUCCUGCAGGCGUUUGAUGACUUUAUUUUUGCCUUCUUCGCCGUGGAGAUGGUCAUCAAGAUGUUGGCUCUAGGGAUAUUUGGGCAGAAGUGUUACCUGGGCGAUACGUGGAAUCGUCUCGAUUUCUUCAUCGUUAUGGCAGGGAUGAUGGAGUACUCUUUGGAUGGCCACAAUGUCAGCCUGUCUGCCAUCCGCACUGUGCGUGUGCUCAGGCCACUCAGAGCCAUUAACAGAGUUCCCAGUAUGAGAAUACUGGUGACUCUGCUUUUAGAUACUCUGCCUAUGUUAGGCAAUGUCCUUUUGCUUUGUUUUUUCGUCUUCUUUAUAUUUGGAAUUGUUGGCGUACAGCUGUGGGCCGGCCUGCUGAGAAACAGGUGUUUCUUAGAAGACAGUUUCAAAACGGUUUACAACCUGUCUUUCCUGAGCUCCUAUUACAAACAUGAGGAAGGAGAGGACAGCCCCUUCAUCUGCUCCUCCAACAGAGACAACGGCAUGCUGAGGUGUCACGAUGUCCCGCGCCUGAAGGAGAAUGGAGUGGAAUGCUUCCUCAGCAUGGACAACUACAGCCAUUCUCCCUACAGCCUUGACACGGCCAACAAGAAUGGCUGUGUGAACUGGAACCAAUAUUAUAACGUAUGCAAGACGGGAGAGCUGAACCCGCACAAAGGGGCUAUUAAUUUUGAUAAUAUUGGAUAUGCCUGGAUUGCCAUUUUUCAGGUGAUAACAUUGGAAGGAUGGGUGGACAUCAUGUAUUAUGUUAUGGAUGCACAUUCCUUUUACAAUUUUAUAUAUUUUAUACUGCUUAUCAUAGUGGGCUCCUUCUUCAUGAUUAACUUGUGCCUGGUUGUGAUCGCAACCCAGUUCUCGGAGACGAAGCAGCGGGAGAACCAGCUGAUGCAGGAGCAGCGCGCCCGCUACCUGUCCAACGACAGCACCCUGGCCAGCUUCUCCGAGCCGGGCAGCUGCUACGAGGAGCUGCUCAAGUACAUCAGCCACCUGUACCGCAAGGUGAAGCGCCGGGCAGCCCGGCUCUACGCCAGCUGGCAGAACAAGAGGCGGAAGAAAGUCAACCCCAACAGCUGCGGGGCGGGUGGCGGCCCCCCCAGCCGGCGGCGGCGGAACCGGCGCCGGAUCCGCUCCAUCCACCACCUGGUCCACCACCACCACCACCACCACCACCACCACUACCACAUCAGCAACGGCAGCCCCCGCGGGACCCGGGCUCCCUCCGAGAUCUGCGACGUCCUGGAGAUGAAGACCGUGGGGCCGGGGGCCCAGCUCAUGCUUCCUCCGGCCUCGCCCGCCCUGCAGAGCCCCUCGGCGGGCACGGAGUCGGUCCACAGCAUCUACCACGCAGACUGCCACUUUCACGGGCCGCAGGCCAGGCGGAAGUCUUCCAGCGUGGCGGGCAACGUCCGGCCGGUGGGCGGGCUGAACGGGGGCAAGAACUACCCCACCAUCGUCCCUUCCACGGCCUGCAGCCGGGCCAGCGCCACGCCAAAACCCAAGGGCAAGAGAAACGGCAGCAACCCUGCGGGCCUGAACAGGGGCUCAGGCAACCUCAGCAUCCCAGACCCUUACGGCAGGCUGCACCAGCUUGUCGGGGAGCACGGGGUGUGUCGGGGAUCGAGCCGGCUCUCGGGCCUCAGCAUUCCCUUCCCUGUGUCCGGUACCGUGCCCGGCCAGCUGUCCUGUGAGCUGGCGAAGUGCCCGUACUGCGCCAGGGUCCUGGAGAACCCCGAGCUGGAGCCCAGCGACUCCGAGAGCGGAGAGUCGGACUCCAACAUGGUUUACGAGUUCACGCAGGACCUGCGGCACGGCGCGGACCACCUGGGCUGCCGCGCGCACCGGCAGCGCAGACCGAAGGAGAAAAACCGCGUCAGGCGGUGCUGGGAUGCGUUCUGCGAUCGACUCAGGUGGAUAGUGGAGAGCAAAUAUUUUAACCGGGGGAUUAUGAUCGCCAUCCUGAUCAACACGUUGAGCAUGGGCAUUGAGUACCAUGAGCAGCCAGAGGAGCUUACAGAUGUUCUGGAGAUCAGUAACAUUGUCUUCACCAGCAUGUUCGCCCUGGAGAUGCUCCUGAAGCUCUUGGCAUUUGGCCUCUUCGGAUACAUCAAGAACCCCUACAACAUCUUUGAUGGGAUCAUCGUAAUAAUCAGUGUGUGGGAGAUCAUCGGCCAGUCCGACGGGGGCCUCUCGGUGCUGAGGACCUUCCGGCUGCUGCGCGUGCUCAAACUGGUGCGCUUCCUGCCCGCUCUGAGACGGCAGCUGGUGGUGCUGAUGAAGACCAUGGACAACGUGGCCACCUUCUGCAUGCUGCUGAUGCUCUUCAUCUUCAUCUUCAGUAUUCUUGGGAUGCACCUUUUUGGAUGUAAGUUCAGCCUGACCACAGAAAACGGAGACACGAUUCCAGACCGGAAGAACUUUGAUUCUUUGCUGUGGGCCAUCGUCACUGUUUUCCAGAUCCUGACACAGGAGGACUGGAAUGUCGUUCUCUACAAUGGGAUGGCAUCAACAUCACCUUGGGCCGCACUGUACUUUGUGGCUCUGAUGACGUUCGGCAAUUACGUUCUCUUUAAUUUGCUAGUCGCUAUUCUGGUUGAAGGUUUUCAAGCGGAGGGAGAUGCAAACAGGUCUGACACAGAAGAAGAUAAACUGUCCACGAAUUUUGAGGAUGAUGAGAAGAUGAGAGAGCUAUAUGCUACAGAGAUGAAGAUGUACUCCCUGAUGAUGACCCCCAAUGGGCACAUGGACUCCAGGGCCAGCAUAGCUCCGCCCAUCAUCUUGCGCACAGCGGCGACGCCCAUGCCUACCCCCAAGAGCUCCCCGUACAUGGACUCGGUGCACACCUUCAGUGACUCGCGCAGGGGCAGCGGCGUGUCCAUCGACCCCAACGCCUACGACCAGAGAUCCCUGUCCAGCCUGCGCAGCUCUCCCUGCCCCCCCUGGGGCUCCGGCAGUAACUGGGGCAGCCGCCGCUCCAGCUGGAACAGCCUCGGCCGCGCGCCCAGCCUGAAGAAGAAGCACCAGUCCGGGGAGAGGGAGUCCCUGCUCUCGGGGGAGGGCCGGGGCAGCACGGAGGACGAGGACUCGGACGGGGGCAGGUCCAGCGUGAGCGGGGCCUCGCUGCAGCCCCGAGCCGAGUCCCUGGAGCAGCCCGAGCUGCUGCAGGUCCCCGCCCCCCGCCCAUACCACGAGCACCAGGACUGCAACGGCAAGACCCUGCACCUGCCCCCCGACUUCUACCUGCGCGCCGACCCCCACAGGGACGACCCCGCCGACUACGAUGACGACAUGGACGAUAGCUACUGUUUCCGAAUCAAGAAGAUGCUUGAGCCGUACAAACCGCAGUGGUGCAAAGACCACGAAGACUGGGCUCUGUACCUGUUCUCCCCUGAGAACCACUUCAGAUCAGUGUGUCAGAAAGUCAUCACCCACAAGAUGUUCGACCAUGUGGUGCUGGUGUUCAUCUUCCUGAACUGCAUCACCAUCGCGCUGGAGAGACCAGACAUCCAUCCCUACAGCACAGAGCGUACGUUUCUGAGUGUCUCCAAUUACAUUUUCACCGCGAUAUUUGUUGCUGAAAUGACCGUUAAGGUGGUGGCUCUAGGGUUCUGUUCAGGGAAGAACAGUUACCUGCAGAGUAGCUGGAACAUCUUGGAUGGCGUGCUGGUCUUCGUUUCCAUCGUCGACAUCAUCGUCUCCCUGGCCUCCGCGGGCGGGGCCAAGAUCCUGGGCAUCCUGAGGGUCCUUCGUCUGCUGAGGACCCUGCGACCUCUGAGGGUCAUUAGCCGUGCCCCAGGGCUGAAGCUGGUGGUGGAGACAUUAAUUACAUCACUCCGGCCUAUCGGUAACAUCGUGCUCAUCUGCUGCGCAUUUUUCAUCAUAUUUGGAAUCCUUGGUGUCCAGCUGUUCAAGGGCAAAUUCUACUAUUGUGAUGGAUUUGACACAAAAAACAUCACCAACAAGUCAGACUGCUUGCAAGCAAACUAUCGCUGGAUACGAAGGAAAUAUAACUUUGACAAUCUUGGACAGGCACUGAUGUCACUGUUUGUCCUGUCCUCUAAGGAUGGCUGGGUUAAUAUCAUGUACGAUGGUCUCGAUGCCGUGGCAGUGGACCAGCAGCCCGUGAGAAACCACAACCCCUGGAUGCUGCUUUACUUUAUUUCCUUCCUGCUCAUUGUCAGCUUCUUUGUGCUCAACAUGUUUGUGGGCGUGGUGGUGGAGAACUUCCACAAGUGCCGGCAGCACCAGGAAGCCGAGGAGGCCAAGAGGCGCGAGGAGAAGCGCCUGAAGAGGCUGGAGAAAAAGCGCAGGAAGGCCCAACGCCGUCCGUACUACGCCAGCUACUCCCCGGCUCGCCUCUACAUCCACACGUUGUGCACCAGCCACUACCUGGACCUCUUCAUCACCUUCAUCAUCGGGAUCAAUGUGGUCACCAUGUCUAUGGAACACUACAACCAGCCUCGGUCCCUCGAAGAGGCCCUGAAAUACUGCAACUACGUGUUCACAAUUAUCUUUGUUUUUGAGGCGAUGUUAAAACUGGUGGCAUUUGGCUUUCGGAGAUUCUUUAAGGACAGAUGGAACCAGCUGGAUCUGGCCAUUGUUUUACUCUCUAUAAUGGGAAUUACUUUGGAAGAGAUUGAGAUUAAUGCCUCACUUCCCAUAAACCCCACCAUAAUCCGCAUCAUGAGAGUGCUAAGGAUUGCAAGAGUGCUGAAGCUGUUAAAGAUGGCCACUGGGAUGCGUGCUCUGCUGGAUACAGUAGUGCAGGCUUUACCACAGGUGGGGAACCUUGGUCUGCUGUUCAUGCUUCUCUUCUUUAUCUAUGCUGCUCUGGGAGUGGAGCUCUUUGGGAAGCUUGAGUGUAACGAUGACAACCCCUGUGAGGGUCUGAGCAGACACGCCACGUUUGACAACUUUGGAAUGGCCUUUCUCACGCUGUUCAGGGUUUCUACAGGAGACAACUGGAAUGGCAUCAUGAAGGACACCUUGCGGGAGUGCCGCAGUGAGGACAAGCACUGCCUGAGCUACCUGCCACUCAUCUCCCCCAUCUACUUCGUCACCUUCGUCCUGAUCGCCCAGUUCGUGCUGGUCAACGUGGUGGUGGCCGUGCUCAUGAAGCACCUGGAGGAGAGCAACAAGGAGGCCAAGGAGGACGCCGAGAUGGACGCCGAGAUCGAGAUGGAGAUGACCCGCAGGCUCAGCACCACCUCUGGGGGCAGGACCCUGGGGCCUGAGAGCAGGGCCACGUACGUGGGGCCCAGACCAGACUCACCUGGGCAGAAUGAAGCGCUGUCUGGCUCCCAGGAGAAUUUCCUGUCUGUGAGGAAGGUUUCUGUCUCCAGGAUGCAUUCCUUACCAAACGACAGCUACAUGUUCCGCCCAGUGAGGCCUGCUAACGCCCCCUACCCUCUGCCAGAGAUUGAGCCCUGUGAGGGAGACCUGCAAUUAGGCUCGGUUGGCUCGGUGAACUCGCAGGGAGCUGAGGGGGACUCCCUGCUGCGGGUUCCGGGGACCUCGCCCGGCGCCGGCCCCAGCUCGGCCAUCCCCAGAAACAGCAGCAUGCCCAGGAUCCCACCUCUGCUGCCCAGCCCCUCCUCCCCCUGCAGCAGCAGGCUGCUGCGACGACAGGAGGCCAUCAAACACGAAUCCUUUGAUGUGCAGAGCAGUGACUCAAAAGACAACCUCACGGCACAGUCCAGUGACAGCCUGCAUCUCAAAGUGCCAGGCCAGAGCAAUCUAGCCCUGCCAGUGCCCAGGAUAGCAGCGCCCAGUAGCCCCCAGCCCUCUCCCACCCCGCCUCGUGCCCGCACCUCCAGCGUGCACACCCACCGGCAGGUGUACAGCCAGCACAGCAUCCCCAGCAGGGCCGCCAGCCAGACCAGCAGCCCCAUUAACAGUGCCAGUCCCGAGAGCUCCAUGUUCGGCUCCAUAGACCCAGCCGACGAGGAGGUGCGGCACAUCAACAGCUCUGCCAAAGACUGGGGCGGCCACUCCGAAGUGCGGAGCCACUCCCUCUCCCCCUACGCGUCUCCCGGCUCCCAGGUUCCCGGCCUGCUGAAGAACUGCACCAGUGCCACCAGCCUGGCCGGCUCUCACGUCAAGGACAAGGACCUGAAGAAGUUCUACAGCGUGGACACGGAGGGGUUCCUGGCCAAGCCCUCGUGGGCCGACGAUCCCCGCAGGCAUUCCAUCGAGAUCUGUCCCUCCAUCGACGGCGACGACGACGACUCCGUCUUCGAGCAGCCGGCGGACGGGCCGCGGCGGUCUUCCUUGGUGUCGCCCCACGGGCUGGCCGUGCAGCGGAAGAAGAAGAUGAGCCCCCCUUGCAUCUCGGUCGACCCUCCCCUUGAAAACGAGCUCUCGGCCCCCGCUGCCUCGCUGGCGAAGAUAUCCGAGAGCAGCAUGCUGCUGCGCAGGAGGACGCCCUCGUGCGAAGCCGCGCUGCCGCGCGACUCCCUGGAUUUGAUGGAGCCCCAGCCCCCCCCGGAGCCCCCCGCCAAAACUGAGAAACGCCCCCCGUGCCGGAAUGAGCACCUCUCCGUCCCCCAGUUCUCCUUUGACCAGUCGGACGUCAGCUCUCUGAGCAGCAUGUCGGACAUCUUAUCCGACAGCGACCAGUCCUCCCAGUCCUCCAUGUGCUACGACCCCAAGCCCGAGAGCGAAACGGGCUCCGAGCUUAAGACUCUGGACCACCUAAGAGUUCGCCAAGGCGAAGACCCGGAGGACAAGAGUCAGGCCUUGAUUAGCGUCACGAGGAGCCCUCUGAGAAAGAGAGGACUGGUCCGCAUGCCAAGCACAAGGGACAAGGACACUGAUGAUUCCACUGCAUAGCCAAAGCGUCUGAGGCAAGAUCUUGAGCCUCCAGUGUGUGGGUCAAUCAGGCACAGAUGUUCCGGCCUCCUGCACCCCCAACCCUCUUUAUACGUUUCUUGGGUCAGAGUCUCGGGUGGGAGGGGGGGGGGGCAGACUUUUACAAAAAUGGGAUAUGCAAUUUCAAGUUUUUUGACCGGAACGUGGGUUAUCUUCCCUCGGCUCAAUCACAUUGAUUUGGGUUCAGGAUGUGUAUUUCAUUUUCGUCCUCUUUGUUUGUUUAAGGUCUACUUUCUUACUGGCACUAUAUUGUGCUGGAGCACAGUAUGGCAAAGGUGCAUCAAUAGUUAAGUGCUGUACAUUUUCUGUAUAUCUUGUAGUGUAAAUAGAAGAAAAUACUGUAUUGGUGAAAAAAUAGCUGUAUUCAUAUGCACAUAUUUUUAUAGAGAACUGUAAUGUUUUACACACGUCAAUUUGAAUUUCAAGUUGAUUGGUGUUUUGUUGUCUCCUUGUGAAUGUACAGUUUUCUUUUUUAUUUGAGAACAGAUGGCUUCAUUUUAGCUUGUGUAGAAGACCUUCUGGUACUUUCAAAAUUUCUUUUUUAUUUUUUUAUUGGGAAGGGGAGAGGGCGCAUGGAAUGUUUGUAUUAAUGAAAUCCGUUGAGAACCAAACCACUAAUGAACUGUAGCCAGUGUGCAAUAAUUGAUAUUCAGGGUUGGAUUUUCUAAAAAAAAAA